AUGCCCCGGUCCUGUCAGGUGUCCUUCCUUAUGGAUGAAGAAUACACGCCCAUGGCGACUGUCAUCAUCGUAACAGUUAUUCUCUGCAAUGGCAGCCGGGACGAAUUAAACUCGAAAAAUGUGGAAGACUUCACAGGACCUAGAGAAAGAAGCGACCUGGGCUUCAUUAACUUCGACAUAACGGCAGAUCUAGAGAAUAUAUUUGAUUGGAAUGUUAAGCAGUUGUUUCUUUAUUUAUCAGCAGAGUAUUCAACAAAAAAUAACGCUCUGAACCAGGUUGUCCUUUGGGACAAGAUUGUUCUGAGAGGAGAUAAUCCGAAGCUGCUGUUGAGAGAUAUGAAAACAAAAUAUUUUUUCUUUGACGAUGGAAAUGGUCUCAAGGGCAACAGGAAUGUCACUCUGACCCUGUCCUGGAACGUCGUACCAAACGCUGGAAUCCUACCUCUCGUGACAGGCUCAGGACACGUGUCUGUUCCAUUUCCAGAUACAUAUGAAAUCAUGAAGAAUUAUUAAAUUAUUCUGAAUCUGAACAGCAUAUUUUUAUA